AUGGUUAUGUUACGACAGUGUAUUAACUUUCAUGUGAGCAAUGUUCGGAGGAAAGUGGACCGCGCGGCUCUUGGCGCUUCGUCGGCCCUCUACCUGGGCAAGGAGCUGGGCCCUCUGUCCCAGCUGCACCACGGCGUGAAGGGCACAGUGUACGCGGUGGACUCGCGCACUCUCUACCUCCACGAUUUCCAUUACGACGGAGCUGGACCGGCGGCCUACUUCUACGUGGGGUCGUCCAAGAGCCCCAGUGCCGCGGGGGCGAUAAGGCUGCGGGACGAGAGGGGCGGGGGCAGCCCCCUGCGAAGGUACCGCGGCGAGGGUCUCACUCUCUCGCUGCCUGACGGCAAGACCCUGCGUGACGUCACAUGGUUCUCUGUCUGGUGCGACGAGUAUUCGGUGAAUUUCGGCAGCGUGAGCAUUCCCGCCAACUUCGAGUACCCUAAGCCAGCAAAACUGAGCGCGCUGCGCGGGGUGCACGCCGUGUCCUCGGACCCCGUCGUGGUGGUGGACGCACAGACCUUGCUCAUACCCAACUUCUCCUACGACGGGGAGGCACCGGACGCCAAGUUCUGGGUGGGGCGCGGCGAGAAGCCGUCGCCGCAGGGUAUACGCAUCCCCGACGAGAACGGCAAAGAAACGCCCCUUCGCAAGUACGACAAGAAGACCAUUGUUCUCACGCUGCCCGGGGAGCUGACCGUGUUCGACAUCGGGCACUUCGCGGUUUGGUGCGAGGCAUUCACCGUGAACUUCGGCCACAUCCCGCUGCCGCGCUCCCAGCUCUCCAACGUGCCACCCAGCCUCAAGAUGCUGGGCGUCUCGCCACAGAGCCGAAACAAAGAACUGGCCGAGGGCGCCGCCCCCGCCAGACCCGGCGUCCGUCCCACCCCGCCCCGCAGAUCAAAGCCCAUCGCCCGCCUUGACGCCACCACAUACCGUCCCUCACGCCUCGGAGCCGGACCUCUGGUGGCACUCCUAGAACAAGCAGACCCACACUCACAUCACCGCAGAGCCAACAACUACUCUCCCUUUCCCGACCAACUCCUUGCAAAUCCCAAAACGCAAUCUAAAGAUCAAUAUCGCCAGAGGGACGGCAUUCAAAAUGGCAGUAAUGAACAAGAAGAGCGAUACAAAAACCAGCAAAAUAUUGAUUAUGCACAAGGGGUCAAUCAUCGACAACACGAGCAAUCACAGCAGACGGAAAACGAGAAUUACCGUCGCCAACAAUUGCAAAAUCUUUAUCAUAAAGAGCUGCUGGAUAGACAGAACCAAGAGUUAUUAUACCAACAACAGUUAUAUGAGCAGCAACGUAGAGCUUAUGAGCAGGAGCUUCAAAAUCAACAGUAUCUCCGUCAGCCGGAGCCCUAUAGGUACCAAUUACUGCCAUACGCUUUCGGUACUAGUCAAGGUCAAAGGGACAACCACGAGGCGCCUGGCGUUGUGACCAUCCAGAGGAGCAUUGACCUUGACCCAGUUACGGGGUCGCGGCCGCAG